AUGCGAAAUUUCUGCGCCCUUUCCUGUGAGUCAUGUAAAGCCUUCUUUAGGAGAAAUGCCAACAAUUUAAAUAAAUUUAAAUGUCGUUUUGAAAACAAUUUUGAAAUGAAUGUCGAGAUGAGGACUGAAGUGCUGAUGACUGACGAGGAAAAAGAAGUUAGAAAACGAAAAAUGCAGAAAAAUAAACAAAAAUUAUUUACCGAUAAAAACAAUGUUAAUAAAACAAACGGCAAAAUAGAUAUCACGACCGACUCUUCAUCGACAUCACCAAUGGUUGUGACCGAUAGUGAAGAGACAGAUAAUACACUGGAUUUGCAAAUAAGAGAAUUGGAGGACAUAUUAUGGGAUGAGAGCAGCUCUUCAACGGUAUCGACAUUACCAACAAAUUGUGAUACAAUUCCCGCACAUAUUAUAUGCCAUACAUUUAAUGAGUCGGAAGGCAUGAAAUUCAAUGAACUAAUGGCCGCCACUUAUGACGAAAGGUUGGCCACAAUUCCUAUCAUUACGACCGAAGUGUCGGAUGUGUGGGAAGGCAUCAAAAUGUUGACACUUCACUGUGAGCUUGGGGAAGAGUGGCGUUUUCCCGGGGACGACACCGUUCAACCAUUUCGAUUGCAAUUACAAUGUACGCCAAUUAUAUUGUUUGAUACAAAUCACCCAAACAUUACGCAUAGGAAAAAUGUUAAAUUUCAGCAAAACGUUUACAUUCAUUUACUUCAACGAUAUUUACUAAUGAAAUACCAAACGGAAAGUGUGGCCAAAGAAAAGUUAACAAAAUUAUUGAAUCAAAUUAGAGUUAUGAGAGAUUUGCAACAAAAGUGCAUUAAUUAUGGUUUGAAUUUGUGUCCACCGGAUAUCAGUCCUCUUCUCAAUGAGAUUUGCGACAGAGAUUGUCCUUAA